CUGUGUUUCGAAGCGACAAUGAACAAAAUGGCGGCGUGAUGUCGUGCGCGAUCGUGUCGGCUCGACGGCGCUCGGCAUUCGACCGGCGGACACGACACCGACGACACGCUGGCGCCUCAGCCGAAGAUGCUAUUUCACGAGAAACAGGACAUUAGGCUCCUGAGACUUGUGAGAGCCCAUCCUGUGCUAUACGACUACAAUGACCCGCAUUAUAUGGACGCGAACGCGCGGGAAGUUAUCUGGCAGAAGAUAGGCGACGAACUGAAACGACCCGCCUCCGCCUGUAAAAUAAGAUAUAUCAACAUAAGAGACGUGUACAGAAGAAUUUUAAAGAAGAACAGCGAGGCCGGGCCCCACACUCGUCCUAAAGUGUAUAAAUAUGAUAGCGAAGUGUCAUUUUUGCGCCGCUACUUCAAGGAAGUCGUCACUUCGAACGUCAAUUUUGACAGUUUUGACGACGCCGACGACAGACUAGAAGAGAGCUUAACAAAGGAAGAGGACCAGGUGUUUAAUUCCGAGCCAGAGUAUAUAGAAACUGACGUUGAAGAGUUGCCAGAACCGAAGCCUCAAAUUAAAAGGAGUAGCAAAUCGAGCGUAAAAAAGAAAAAGAUAAAACUGAAUUUCACUGAAGUCGAAGAUCCCAUAUCGACGUCGGCGUUCAACGAGAGUGCGAUUCCAACUGAGUUUGAUUCUAGUGAUCCAGUGGAUGCUUUUCUAUUGAGUAUUGGUGCUACUUUAAAGACAUUCUCACCGUACCAUCUUAAUGUAGCUAAAAGUAAAAUAUUUGCAAUUGUUCAAGAGCAUGACCUACAGCAGAUAGUUCAGAAGGAACAAAGUAAUGAUAGUGAUAUUAAAAUUGGUUCUUCUGACACUAUGUAUAUACAUUAAAUCUUAGCAAAUUUUGUUAAUGUGCCGUACAUUUUUUGUAAAAAGAGUUUUAUGUGAGGGAAAGCUGCCACUAAAAUUUUUCUACUGUAUCACCUUCGUUAUUAGAUUUGGAUGAGAAAUACCAAAAUUACAAAACUGUACCUACCUGGAGAGAAGAAAAUAAUAUAUUAAUAAGUACUUCUAAUAUUUCGAGGACUGACGUACUUAAAUAUAUUUUUUUAUUACUUAUUAAUCCAGUCCGAUUCGUUAAACGACAUGGUGAUGUGAAUGACACAUUACUAAGGUUGGGUUGCACCAGAGGCGUGGUUAAAG